AGUUUCUGGUAGGUGGCAACGUUAGCCUGUGGCACAUUUCGCCGGCAAUUUACAUAUAUCAUUUUGUUUUUAUUAUUUUUAAAAGUUUGUACUAGUUUUCUCGGCUGUUUACUAUGGCUGCUUUGUGCAUGGACUUUCUUGGCUUCCAGGAGGCGCUCAAGAAGAUGCGAGAUGUGGACGACAAAAUUAUAUAUGCACUGAAUGCCUUGCCCACAGAAUCGUUCAAGGGUCAAGUGAACAGCGAAAGCACCUGCCGCGAUCUGUACUCUAAACUCCAGCAGUCGCACCUUUCCAGACAAGAUAGCAUACGCAGUUGCAUAACAAUAUCAGCCAACAAUCUAAAGCAACUGAGAGAAAAGCGGGAAGCUCAUCCGGAUGAUGUGGAUACCGACAGCCAGUUUAAAGCGGAGCAGCGCAAGCUUCGAGUUCUUCAGGCCGAACUUAAUGUGGAGGACAUCAUCAAGGAACGCAGCUACAAAACCUUUAACGAGCGAUGCAGAUCUUAUUUUCACGCUGGCCAAUAAGUGCAAUGACUAGUUCUAGUUGGAUUUAUUAGUGGUAGACUAAAAGAACUGCCCAACCAGGAGGCAUUUACAUGCACUUGGUUGUAUUUCAAAUUAUUUACAACAAGUACAUGAA